AUGGCGUCUGUAACGUCUUUAGAUCAGGAUAUGCGAAAGCUGCGCAUGGACAGAUAUACCCCCCAAGCAGCCAACGAAGUCCGCAGCUGGAUAGAAGGCACACUGGGAGAGCGGCUGCCGACGGGAGAUCUGCUGGAUGCGCUCAAGGACGGGACCGUAUUAUGCAGACUUGUCAACCUCGCGAUACCCACUCCUGUUAGGUUCAAGAAGUCGGCCAUGCCCUUUAUACAGAUGGAGAACAUCUCCCACUUCCUCCGAGCCUGCGAACAGCCGCCGCUGAACAUGCCCGCACAUGACCGCUUCCUCACCGUCGACCUUUACGAGUCGAAAGAUCCAGCUCAGGUACUGCAAUGUCUCAGCGCCUUUAGCCGCGUCGCCAAUGCUAAGAACCCCGCCAACUUUCCCACCACCAUCGGCCCUAAGCGUGGCGGAGCUGGCGCAUUAAGUCCUUCAGCCACUGGCGGAGGCGGCAUGCCAAGCCCUGCAUUGCCAUCUCCUGGUUACUCACGUAGCAGGGGACCCAGCACAGCCAGCAACACCAGCGGUUCCAGCACGUUUAACCCCUUGGCGCGGCCGCCUGCUGAGCGGACGCUGAGUGCGGCGCGUACCGGAGGCUCGGACACAUCCUACACUUCCAACGGUCUCCCCAAGUCACCUCCAGGCGGAGUCAGUAGCUGGAGCAAGAAGGUUGACGAAGGCAGCACAGCACCGGCAUGGAACAUUCACCAGUAUGGCUACAUGGGUGGCGCGAGUCAGGGCAACCAAGGCAUCGCAUUCGGCGCACGGCGGCAGAUCACGAGCGCCGGUCCGCACGUGCCCAACCUGGCUGAGAAGGAGCGGCUGCGACGCGAGAAGGCAGCCGAGGAAGAGCGACUGCGUUUGCAAGCCGAGGAGGCCGAACACAAACGUCGCAUCGAGCGCGAAGCCGAAGAGGAACGCAUACGGAUCGAGGAAGAACAGAAGUGGGAGGAGGAGACACGCAAGCAGCAAGAGGCCAAGCAAGCGCGACUCGACCAGCAGAAGCGCGAGUGGGAGGAGCAAGAGCGCCAAUGGAAGCUGGACGAGGAGCUACGACAGCGAGAAGAGCGCGAGACACAGGAGAGGAUCGAGGCUGAGACACGACGAAAGCGAGCCGGAAGCGAUGCCAGGCUAAAGGGACAGUACCUAAGCCAGUAUCAGGCCGAACAAGUCAGGUCACCGCGCAGUCGGCGGGGAAGCAGCGAAGAGCCCAACGCUGAGCGAGACCGCAUACGAGAGUUGGAGCGCCAGCUCGAAGAGGCCAAAGAACGCGAGCGCCAAUACCAAGCGGAGCGAGAAGGACGCCUGCAAGACAAGAAAGUGCGCUCGCGGUCCAAGAGCCGUACACGCGAGCGAUCCAAGAGUCGUGCCCGGCCUCAACCUCCACCACGCGCCCCCUCGCCACAGGACAGCAACGUCUCAUGGGCCCAAGCAGACGAUCGCGAGUAUUUACGCAAACAAUGGGAUCAGACGCAAAGACAGCCGGCACGUCCUUUGCCAGAGCCCACACCUCCAUCUCUCCCCACCCGUCCACUUCCAGAGCCAACGACGACGCGCCCGCUUCCUGAUCCAGCAGCGUACACAAAGCAGAACCGGACAGAUCGCUACCUCGCAUCGAACCCCGCUCCCAUACCACCCAAACCACAGUCUUACAUUCCCCCAGAGUUGACCUCUACCUCUGAACAACGCACCGAAGAUGCGCGCCGCGCUGCCGCCCAACAGAAGACUAAAAACGCAGGUUGGGCUUCCAAGUCCCUUCUCGAGCGCGAGAUGGAGCGCGAACGCGAGCGCCAAAAGGAGUGGGAAGAAUCACAACGCGCGCUGCAAGAGGCCGCAAAGGAUCCCAAUGCGGGGACAGGCUCGGGUCAGAGCUGGGACGUCAAUCAGUACGGAUACAUGGGGGGCGAUAAUCAAAAUAGACUUGGGGGGAUUGGCGCGGGGAAGAGGCAGAUUGUUGGGCCUAGGCUGGGGGGACCGAGACCGUUUGGGCCACGGCAGUAG